ACACUGCACGCCCCAUAAUUUUUUUCCGCCCGCUUCAAACAUGGCGGUCAAGCCCCCACAGCGCAGCAGAAGCCACGGGCCUCCUUCCGCGUAGGAACCUCCUUGCUGCCCUUGUCGGGCUCUUUUGUCUAAGACCACCUCAAGGCAAAGCCCGUGGGGCAGCUGGGUCCGGGGAAAACAGCCCGGGGCCGCGGGGGCCGAACGAGCACAGACCGGAAGUUCCGCAGCCGCGCCGUCCGGCGGAGCCGUUGGCUGCGGACGCCGGAAGUGGCCAGUCGGCAGGUCUGAGGCGGCGCUCUGUGUGUGAGGUGUACCUAGGGCGGGAGGCGACAUGGAGCCAGGGGCGGCCGAGCUGUAUGACCAGGCCCUUCUGGGCAUCCUGCAGCACGUGGGCAACGUCCAGGAUUUCCUGCGCGUUCUCUUUGGCUUCCUCUACCGCAAGACAGACUUCUAUCGCUUGCUGCGCCACCCAUCGGACCGCAUGGGCUUCCCGCCCGGGGCCGCGCAGGCCCUGGUGCUGCAGGUAUUCAAAACCUUUGACCACAUGGCCCGUCAGGAUGAUGAGAAGAGAAGGCAGGAACUUGAAGAGAAAAUCAGAAGAAAGGAAGAAGAGGCCAAGACUGUGUCAGCUGCUGCAGCUGAGAAGGAGCCAGUCCCAAUUCCAGUCCAGGAAAUAGAGAUUGACUCCACCACAGAAUUGGGUGGGCAUCAGGAAGUAGAGAAAGUGCAGCCUCCAGGCCCUGUGAAGGAAAUGGCCCAUGGCUCACAGGAGGCAGAAGCUCCAGGAGCAGUUGCUGGUGCUGCUGAAGUCCCUAGGGAACCACCAGUUCUUCCCAGGAUUCAGGAGCAGUUCCAGAAAAAUCCCGACAGUUACAAUGGUGCUGUCCGAGAGAACUACACCUGGUCACAGGACUAUACUGACCUGGAGGUCAGGGUGCCAGUACCCAAGCACGUGGUGAAGGGAAAGCAGGUCUCAGUGGCCCUUAGCAGCAGCUCCAUUCGUGUGGCCAUGCUGGAGGAAAAUGGGGAGCGCGUCCUCAUGGAAGGGAAGCUCACCCACAAGAUCAACACUGAGAGUUCUCUCUGGAGUCUCGAGCCCGGGAAGUGCGUUUUGGUGAACCUGAGCAAGGUGGGCGAGUAUUGGUGGAAUGCCAUCCUGGAGGGAGAAGAGCCCAUCGACAUUGACAAGAUCAACAAGGAGCGCUCCAUGGCCACCGUGGAUGAGGAGGAACAGGCGGUGUUGGACAGGCUUACCUUUGACUACCACCAGAAGCUGCAGGGCAAGCCACAGAGCCAUGAGCUGAAAGUCCAUGAGAUGCUGAAGAAGGGGUGGGAUGCUGAAGGUUCUCCCUUCCGAGGCCAGCGAUUCGACCCUGCCAUGUUCAACAUCUCCCCGGGGGCUGUGCAGUUUUAAUGACCAGAAGGAAAGGAAACCCUCGCCGGUGGGGAGGCAGAGCCUUAUCCUUGGCUGCCCUCCUUGGCUCCCUGCCUUCCAGGGACUUGCUCGUCUUGUUUACCCCUAGCCAUCCUUUCUUUCAAGGGUGAACCAGGCCUUCCACCCUGACCUUGCAUCUCCAGACUGUUCCAGAGAAGGUGCGGGGCCAGCUGCUAUGUGGUGGCCGCUGUGGCUGACACUGAGUGAAGGUGUUUGAAAUGCAGGAGAGGAUAUCCCAGCAAACUGGGAUCACAUGCUUUUGUCUCCACAGCAACCAGCCACUGCAGGCAGCAUGUCUUUCCUCCCCUGCUCUCUGCUUGCUGUUGUUUUGACGCUAUUCUGCUUGCAUGUCUUCUGGUUGGGAUGUGGAGUUGUUGCUGGACUCUCAGGCGAAGCUGAAGUCAUUGAAGUGUGUGAAGCUCUGUGCUUGCAUGAGGGCGAGCAAGGAAUGGCUGUGCCUGGGGCUGCUCUGGGAAACUCCUUGCCCCUUGACCUCUUUUGAGAGCAUUCACGUGGUCUUCUUGCUCAUCCCCUUAUAAAUGUGCUCUGCCUGCCUCAGCCUCAUGGUCAGAGCAGUGGAGACUGGAGCCCUGUUUGCACGUUCCAGUUGUUCGGAGAAAGCCUAGGUUCUGGGCUCAGGUCCAGAUGCAGCGGGGAUUCUGUUCUCUGACUGUGGCGACCUUGCUUUGGUUCUUGUUGAAGUGAACCAAGCCCGGCCACCACGCAUGGCAUGCUGUGCUUGGCUCCCCAUAAGACGUCCUCUUUGGGUGCACGGUGUCAAAGUGUGGGCAGGAGUGGAGAGCUGGUGCCCUCAGGAGGAGACCACAGCAUGUCCAUCAGCUCAGCAGAGCUCGACAGCCACAAGUCCUGAGAAGCUUUGACCUUGAAGGGCUUCUGGGAGAGGAGGAAUUUCUGCAUGGGGCGUGAAGGCACACUGUCCCACCACAACUGAACCAGAAGAGAGUGAAGACUCCCCUCUUCCCAUCCUCUGUGCCAGGUGCCAGACUGUGUUCCUUGGAACUUAUGGCCGAAUCUUACCUGUUCUCCAGGGACUGGUCACUGCCUCAGGACCCCCAAGCCUAUGCCCUGAGCCAUGGCUGCUGACUGACUCCAGCCAAGGUGCAAAGACGAGAUUAUGAGAUAGGUCCUCAGGCCUGUGUUCCAAGUACUUACAGGGGCUCUGGGUGCCCAUCGCCGGGAGUAUGGUUCAGCUACCACCGGCACUGUCCAUUUGCCUGUCUGUCAAGCUCAGAGCAUGGAUAAGCCACACAGCAGGGCAGUGCACCCUGGCACCAUGCACGGCCAGCAAGAAUCAAGGCCCGCGGAUGCUAAGAGAGCCUAUUGUCAGGGGAAGGUCCCCGCUCCUGCGCACACUCUGUGGAUACUUGGGUUGUGGGGGCUCUCUUGGAGAGUAAGUUUGUGGUUUGUUUCUGGUUUACAGUGGUGGCUGACACCCCUUGUAAGAAAGCAUUCCUGGGAAGUCUUCUGUGGGUCCAAACAUGUUGCUCUGAUCAUCACAGGAGAGCAAAAGGCCCUAGAUACCCCCUUUGGAAUGUGAGAGUCUUGUCUGAUAUUUGCCACUGAGCUGGUGAAGCCCCUCUAAAGAGAUCUCGACCCUGGGGAGCAGAAUUCUUGUCAUCUGUGAGGGGUCCUGAGAAAGACUUUGUCAUUUUUUUCCUGGAGUUCUUCCCAUUGAGGUCCUAGGAUUUGCACACCACUGUCCCACAAGAGCUUUCCUGCCUAAUGAAAGGAGGUCUUGUGGUGUGUGUCUCCUCUCUUCUCUAUAGUUCCCAAGUUGGCCCCCAUUGCAGCCCCCACCCUGUGGGUAGUCUUCCAGAAGUGAUGCAGUGGUGUGAGAUGCCCUACACCUUGUUAUUUGGGAGACUUUGAGAGUCAUUCACUUCCAUGGUGACUAGUGUUUGUUUUGCCUGAUUUUAUAUUCUGUGUUGCAUUUCUCCCCACUCCCUGCCCUGCUUUAAUAAACGGCAAACCAAUAUGUAGGAAGAAUGACUGAGGGGCAGUAUUGGGUAUUGGCCUCAUGGCAGGAACAGCCACUUGCAUCUGGUCCCGGUGCCACACCGCGGUGCUUGGUGUGGUUGUGGAGCCUGUCCCUGCGCGCCUUGCUCCUGUUGAGCCACGCUGUCUGGUGGGUGAUUCUCUGCCCUGAGCCACCACCCUAGACUGGCCCAGUCUCCAGAGCUGGCACACCCUGCCUGUUUUCUCUUUUUAGACACAACAGCCGCAGUUUGGCCAGCCACUAAGUCCCACCAGCUGAGGUCCGAGGAAAGCGGGGUGACUCAUUUCCCUUGUCCAGGGCCUGAGGAGAGUGAGGUGUCCAGCCUGCAAAGCUAUUCCGGCUCCUUGGUGUUGGUUUGCAAUAAAUUGGUAUUUAAGCA